AUGUUCAGGUGUAACUGUUACUGUGCUUCUCAUAUCCAGUCACACUGCAUUAUUAGGGUGAAUUACCAGGCUCUAACUUUAGGAAAAUUAAUUUCUCUUUUCAAGGUUCAGGAACAAGUACAUCCCACCCUCUCAGCUAAUGAAGAGUCCCUUUAUUAUAUUGAAGAACUGAUUUUUCAGCUGCUUAAUAAAUUGUGCAUGGCUCAACCAAGGACUGUUCAAGAUGUAGAGGAACGAGUCCAAAAGACUUUUCCACACCCUAUUGAUAAAUGGGCAAUUGCUGAUGCCCAGUCUGCCAUUGAGAAACGUAAACGAAGAAAUCCUCUUUUACUACCUGUGGACAAAAUCCAUCCUUCCUUGAAGGAAGUUUUGGGGUACAAAGUGGACUACCAUGUGUCCCUCUACAUUGUGGCUGUAUUGGAGUAUAUCUCAGCAGAUAUUUUGAAAUUGGCUGGUAAUUAUGUUUUUAAUAUCCGGCAUUAUGAAAUAUCUCAGCAAGACAUUAAAGUGUCAAUGUGUGCAGAUAAGGUUUUGAUGGACAUGUUUGAUCAGGAUGAUGAUAUAGGUUUGAUUUCUCUCUGUGAAGAUGAACCUAGUUCUUCUGGCGAGCUAAACUACUAUGACCUUGUCAGAACUGAAAUUGCAGAAGAGAGGCAGUACCUCCGGGAGCUGAAUAUGAUCAUCAAAGUGUUCCGGGAAGCCUUCCUUUCUGACCGGAAGCUGUUCAGGCCUUCUGAAAUUGAAAAGAUUUUCAGUAACAUUUCAGAUAUACAUGAAUUGACUGUGAAACUUUUAGGUUUAAUUGAAGACACAGUAGAAAUGACAGAUGAAAGUAGUCCUCAUCCAUUAGCUGGUAGCUGUUUUGAAGAUUUAGCAGAGGAGCAAGCAUUUGAUCCCUAUGAAACAUUAUCACAGGACAUUCUUUCACCAGAGUUUAAUGACCUCUUCAGUAAGUUGAUGGCCAGACCUGCAGUUGUUCUACAUUUCCAGUCCAUUGCUGAUGGCUUUAAGGAAGCUGUUCGUUACGUCCUGCCACGUCUUAUGCUGGUGCCAGUGUAUCAUUGUUGGCAUUACUUCGAGUUAUUAAAGCAGUUGAAGGCAUGUAGUGAAGAACAGGAAGACAGAGAGUGUUUGAAUCAGGCGAUCACUGCUCUCAUGAAUCUCCAGGGCAGCAUGGACAGAAUUUACAAGCAGCAUUCACCUAGACGCCGACCAGGGGACCCUGUUUGCCUUUUUUACAACCGUCAAUUAAGAAGCAAGCAUCUGGCUAUUAAAAAAAUGAAUGAAAUUCAGAAAAACAUAGAUGGGUGGGAAGGCAAAGAUAUUGGACAGUGCUGUAAUGAAUUCAUAAUGGAGGGGCCAUUGACCAGAAUUGGUGCUAAACAUGAAAGACAUAUUUUUCUCUUUGAUGGCUUGAUGAUCAGCUGUAAACCUAAUCAUUGCCAGACCCGACUUCCAGGCUGUAGUAAUGCAGAAUACAGAUUAAAAGAGAAGUUUGUCAUGAGGAAAAUUCAAAUCUGUGAUAAAGAAGAUACUUGUGAAUGCAAACAUGCUUUUGAAUUAGUUUCCAAAGAUGAAAACAGUGUAAUAUUUGCUGCUAAGUCAGCAGAAGAGAAGAAUAAUUGGAUGGCAGCCCUCAUCUCCCUCCACUACCGAAGUACUCUGGACAGAAUGCUGGACUCCGUGCUGCUGAAGGAGGAGAACGAGCAGCCGCUGAGGCUGCCCAGUCCAGACAUGUAUCGCUUUGUGGUAAAGGACUCUGAGGAAAACAUUGUUUUUGAAGACAACUUGCAAAGUAGAAGUGGAAUCCCCAUUAUUAAAGGAGGAACUGUGGUGAAAUUAAUUGAAAGGUUAACAUAUCAUAUGUAUGCAGAUCCCAAUUUCGUUCGUACUUUUCUUACUACGUAUCGUUCAUUUUGUAAACCACAGGAAUUGCUAAGCUUGCUAAUAGAACGGUUUGAAAUUCCGGAACCAGAACCCACUGAGGCAGACAAAUUGGCACUAGAGAAAGGCGAGCAGCCCAUCAGUGCAGAUCUGAAAAGAUUUCGCAAGGAAUACGUCCAACCUGUACAACUCAGGAUCUUAAAUGUCUUUCGCCACUGGGUUGAACAUCAUUUUUAUGACUUUGAAAGAGACCUGGAAUUGCUUGAAAGACUAGAAUCCUUCAUUUCAAGUGUAAGAGGGAAAGCUAUGAAGAAAUGGGUAGAGUCCAUUGCUAAAAUCAUCAAGAGGAAAAAGCAAGCUCAGGCAAAUGGAAUAAGCCAUAAUAUUACCUUUGAAAGUCCACCUCCACCAAUCGAAUGGCAUAUAAGUAGACCAGGCCAGUUUGAGACAUUUGACCUUAUGACACUUCAUCCAAUAGAAAUCGCACGGCAGUUGACGCUUUUGGAGUCUGAUCUCUACAGGAAAGUCCAACCGUCUGAACUUGUAGGGAGUGUCUGGACCAAAGAAGAUAAAGAAAUAAACUCUCCAAAUUUAUUAAAAAUGAUUCGCCAUACAACAAACCUCACUCUCUGGUUUGAAAAAUGCAUUGUGGAAGCAGAAAACUUUGAAGAGCGGGUGGCAGUGCUCAGUAGAAUAAUAGAAAUUCUGCAAGUGUUUCAAGAUUUGAAUAAUUUCAAUGGCGUGUUGGAAAUAGUCAGUGCGGUCAAUUCGGUAUCAGUGUACAGGCUAGACCACACGUUUGAGGCAUUGCAAGAAAGGAAGAGGAGAAUUCUGGAUGAUGCUGUGGAAUUGAGUCAGGACCACUUCAAAAAAUACUUAGUAAAACUGAAGUCAAUCAAUCCACCAUGCGUGCCUUUUUUUGGAAUAUAUUUAACAAAUAUUCUGAAGACUGAAGAAGGGAACAAUGAUUUUCUAAAGAAGAAAGGGAAAGAUCUGAUCAAUUUCAGUAAGAGGAGGAAAGUGGCCGAGAUUACCGGAGAGAUUCAGCAGUAUCAGAACCAGCCUUACUGCUUACGGACAGAACCAGAAAUAAGGAGAUUCUUUGAAAACUUGAACCCCAUGGGAAUUUUAUCUGAAAAAGAGUUUACAGAUUAUUUGUUCAACAAAUCACAAGAGAUUGAACCCCGAAACUGCAAACAGCCGCCUCGAUUUCCUAGGAAAUCAACCUUUUCCUUAAAAUCUCCUGGAAUCAGGCCUAACACAGGCCGACAUGGCUCUACCUCAGGCACAUUACGAGGUCACCCAACGCCUUUGGAAAGAGAACCAUACAAGAUAAGCUUUAGUAGGAUCGCUGAGACUGAGCUCGACUCAACAGUGUCAGCACCCACCUCUCCAAACACACCAUCCACUCCACCCGUGUCUGCUUCUUCAGACCACAGCGUGUUUCUAGACGUUGAUCUCAAUAGUUCCUGUGGCAGCAAUACCAUCUUUGCUCCGGUCCUCUUGCCACAGUCAAAGACCUUCUUCAGCUCGUGUGGAAGCUUACACAAGCUGAGUGAAGAGCCACUGAUUCCUCCUCCGCUUCCUCCUCGGAAAAAAGUUGAUCAUGAUGCUUCAAAUUCCAAGGGAACUAUGAAAUCUGAUGAUGACCCCCCUGCUAUUCCACCAAGACAGCCGCCUCCUCCAAAGGUAAAGCCAAGAGUUCCUGUUCCCGCGGCUGCUUUCGAUGGGCCUGUGCACAGUCCGCCUCCGCCCCCUCCGAGAGAGCCUCUUCCCGAUACCCCGCCACCAGUUCCUCUUCGGCCGCCAGAACACUUUAUAAACUGCCCGUUUAAUCUUCAGCCACCUCCGCUGGGACAUCCUCACAGAGACCCAGACUGGUUCAGAGACGUUAGUUCGAGUCCGAGUUCACCAAGCACUCCUCCCAGCACGCCCUCGCCACGAGUGCCGCGCAGAAGCCAUUUGCUCAGUUCCAGUCCCAGCGCUCUCGCGCAUCCUCCAGCUCCUCCUGUUCCACCGCGGCAGAACUCGAGCCCUCACCUACCAAAACUGCCACCAAAGACUUACAAACGGGAGCUUUCACACCCACCGUUGUACAGACUGCCUUUGCUCGAAAAUGCAGAAACUCCUCAAUGACCUUAGCUGUGUGUAGUCAUUGACACUGGAAUAGUAUUUGUAAAGGUUUUAAUUUAUUCAGAAGAGGCAUAGUAUUUUAGUACUUUCUACAAAUAAAGCUCUUACAAAAUGCUACUGAUCAAAUAAGCUUCUAAGAAUUAGAAAAGUCGUCAGGCAUGGUGACAUACACCAUUAAUCCCAGCACUCUUGAAGCAGAGGCAGAUGGAUUUCUGAGUUUAAGGCCAGCGUGGUCUAUAGAGCGAGUACCAAGACAGUCAUGGCUACACACAGAAACCAUGUCUCAAGAAAGCAAAACCAAGGAAAGAAUUCUAAACAUUAAAAUGCAAAAGCCCUUCACCGUAACCCUCAGGUGAUCAGUAGCAUUGCCUCGUCUCAGCUCCUCAGUGCUGCCCAAAGGCCAGUAUAAUGAAUUUCUAUUUGCACUGUAGACUCCGCUACCAUAUGGCUUAAAUGAUACUGCACUGAAAGGGGGUAGUGUUCUCGAGGAAUUCCUCACAUCGGAGUAAUAGGUGCCUUUUUAAGGCAAUGAAUUUCCACAGAUACAGAGAUGUACUAUGAUGUUACUGGGUUUUCAACCCUCUUUGACCAUCUUCUAGGUUUUAACUUGGUUUUUACAUCUAGAGAAUAACACCUACUGUUCUUAAACUCUUGAUGCCAUGUCUUAAUGCCAGUAUUUGCUGCUGAAGACAAAAACGGAAACUAGAAUGGAAACAAUAGAAUGCACUGUUUAUUAUUUUGUUAAAAUUAUAAACAAUUCUACAUAACCCAAUUAUAGAAGAAAAGGGGCAUGUAUCUCAUUAAGAUGCACCUUUAGUUUUGCAGUUUAUGGUGUCUUUAGGUAAUGAUUUGCCUCUUGUUUGGGAAAACAAAGUUAAUAUGCCAUGUAUGUACAGUUUAUUUAUAUUGUAUAUAUUUAAAGAUAAUGCUAAUAACCUAUAUAAAUUUAAGUGACUUGAGGCCUAUAAUACAGUCUGCUAUUUUACUAAUUUGUAAGUCAAGAACAGAAGUUUCUUAUGGCAUAGGAACCAACUGCCAACUGCCUUGUCUUCAAAAACCUAAUAACUUUCUUUAAUCUUGUGUUAAUUGAAAUUUUUUAAAAGUUUUUCCAGAUUGGUAAUAUUUAAACAGAAAAUACUUAAAACUUUAUUAAAAAUUUUAAUCAGACAGAGGAUAAAGCUUUUGUCACCUGUACGCUCUCGUUCACCGUGCUCAAAGCACAGUGCGCUGAGAGCGCAGUAGCAGCAGUGUAAAGUAGCCAGAAGCCACGCUCUUUAUCCACCGGUCUGUGGCCUUUUACUGUGCUUUGUAUCAGAGUUCUUAACAAGAUUAAUAAAUCACCUCAGUCUUAAUUUUUAAAA